CUGGCGAACAGCUGCCAAGCCGGCACUCAUAAUACAACAACUCUGGCAAACAUAUGUAUUUUUAUAACUAAAAAAUAACCAAUUUUUUGUACAAAACAUGGACUUCCUCCAUGAAUCGGUAGCUUUAGGCGUAGAUUUAGUAAUUCUAGGACUAUGUGUACGGGAAUAUAUGCAAUACAAGCGCACGGCCCAAGUGCUCAAGACGGCACCACAAUACAGUAUAGAUGGGGACCUAAAAUCUGUGGUGGAAAAGCAUCGCGAUAAAAAGAUACCCUACGCCGUAAUCCGUGGGACAGUGACGCCCAUUGGCGUUCCGUUACGGAGCAACCUGGUUCCUAGUGUGAGUGGAGUCCUACAAAUUGUAAAGCUUCACGAGCACAGAAUUACCCGAGGAUUCGCUGGCUUUUGGACGGAGCACCAUAAACUCCUCCACGAGACCGCCAAUGAGAUGCCUUUCGAGUUGCGCAAUCAGCAGCACGGCGUGGAGAUUAUGGAUGCCCUGAAGGCUGCUGUCUUGGACGUUGAUAUGGUCUACGACAAUUACGAACCAAGCAAUCUUUCUGUCAUCGAUCACGUCUUCGGGUUCUUCUCCGGAGUUCGCCAACGGGGUCUGCAGACAACCGAAGAAGUUCUAAGGGAAGGCAGUUUCCUCACUGCCGUCGGAGAGUUAGAGUUGGAUGGAAAUACCUUACGAAUGCAGCCUUCCACAGCUGGUCCCCUUUUCCUAACUACUGCCACUAAGUCUAUGCUAAUCAAGCGCUUCGAGGAUGCUAAGGGAGCUACACUGUUAAAGCUUAUUGUGUGCGGCAGCAUAUCCAUCAUCUUGGUUACUUUUAUUGCGAAAAAGAUGUACAAGCGGCGGAAACAGCUUAAGGAGGAAGCCAUAAUACGGGAUCGCUUAGAGACAGAGCGAAGGGAGCGUCGCGCCAGGAGUCGUCCGCAAAACAUGUCGGAGGAUCAGCUUUGCGUCGUGUGCUCCACCAAUCCGAAAGAGGUUAUUUUACUGCCUUGUGGUCAUGUAUGUCUAUGCGAGGAUUGCGCCCAAAAAAUCUCCAUUGCCUGCCCUGUGUGUCGUGGUAACAUCGCCUCCAAGGCGGCUGCUUUUAUUGCCUAGGCGUGGCAAUCGAUGUCGUGGUAGCAUAGUAUCCUUAGCGACGAUAAUCACCAGUUUACCGUGUACCUGCGCGCCCAAUCCUUAAUUUAUACUUCAAAUGCUUAUGUAUGGCAUUUAUUUUCAAAUUAUUUAGUGUUACUUUACUACAAAUUUUAUUCUCCCUGCAUAAUGUUUCUGUAUCGGCGCUGAUCCUCUAGCAGUUGCAGGAACACCUUAAACUUACGAUUAUGAAAGUCAAGAGUCCUGGGGUUCGGCUUUAAAAGCUGACCAGUGCCGCCCAUGGCUUUGGAAGCUUUCUGCGGGCACAUGAAAAUAAAUUAAAUGUUUAACGCAAUAGCUAAGUUUAAGGUGUAUGUGGAACUGACCUCUAAACUGUUAUAAUGUCCUGACGCAGCGGCACCCAAAGCAGCAGCCCCCACAAGGACCAUUUCUUGUUCGUCUGGAAUAAGAGCCGGCAAAUUGCAAAUAUCCGCAUGGCAUUGUACGUAUAAAGGAUUCUUAGCCAAUCCACCGCAGAAGAGAAGUGUUUGGAAAGGUGCUCGCUUAUGAUGAUAAAGGUUUUCAAUAAUGUGACGUGUACCGUACUAAAAAAUAAAACAAAAAAUUCAAAUUUA